GAGCUGUUAUUGACACUCCCAUCGCUGGGGAGCUUCUGCACAAACCCUAAUGGAGGACGAGGAAGUGGCGGCGGUCCUGCGGGGCGACAUGGAGGAGUUCUCGGCGUCUGCCACCGUCGUCCCCUUCGAUUCGGCGCGCCCGCUCCUCAGAGGUCCCGUGCCUGCCGGCCCCGCCGACGAUCCCGCUGCUGGCCCCUUCGUCCUCGCCUUCAGAGACUCCGCCGCAUGGAGAUCCGCUUACAGGGCCACCGAAUCCAUGAUCAUCGACCAGUGCGAGGCUGGAGCACGCGUUGGAUGCUCAAUCUCUGCAUCAAACAAGUGUAAACCCCCAUGGUGGAAAUUUCUGUUUGGAAUAACUGCCAUGGAUUAUGCUGAGCGAGAACAAUGUGAGGAACGAGAAAUGGCUUCAUGUCUUGCAGCUGCAAAAGACACAUGCGUUCAAUUUGCAAAAGAGAAAUGCCUGCAGCCCUUCAGAGAUGCAAGGAUUGCUUAUGACAAUCUGAAAGGAACUCCACAGUUUGUUCUCUGGGGUAAUGAUACUGUUGAAACUGAAUUUGGAGGCACAAGCAAGGAGUCUGAGCUAGCUUCUUAUCAGCAAGAAACUUUCGACGGUUCAUCGAAAUGCGACUCUGGGGUAACAAAUUAUAGAGGAAGUGUCCUAAUGGGGAUUGUGGCUUCUGAAAAUAUUGCAACAACUUGAGUUGAUUGACCAAGAAAUAAAAGAAGAAUAACAUCAUGUAGCAUAAUUUUAAUGAGAAGCCACAAAUGCUGCAUUAUCGA